CUUGAACGGAUCGGUAAAUACCAACCCAAAAUAGUAAAUACCAUUUUCAUUUGGUUAUCCGCUUGAAUUUGAUUAAUGGUCAAUGGUGACAUUAAGCUGUCAGAAAAGACAAAAGUAUAAACAGCAGAUCUUAUAUCUAGCAAGAAUUUUUUAUUAAAAAAGCUGUAUGAACCAUGACUGUCAGCCUCAAUCUCGGUAUCUGGGAUCCUAGCGAAAUCAAAAACAUCAAAAUUCAUGAAGUUGAUUUGGACACAAGUGUGGCUGAGUUCAAAACCAAGACGGAAAAACUUUUAAAAAAAGAUUUGUCCAAUUUAGGUACCUUUUUGUUAUCAUACUGGUUUAUUCAAUCAAGAGCUAAUGUUCGUCUUUAUAGAGCUCAUUUAUUGCGGCCAAAAGCUUCAGAACCAUAAAAGCCUAUCUUCAUAUGGGGUAAAAUCUGGGGCAACAAUCCACAUCUUCCAUAAAAUAAAUGAAGAACAAGUUAACGAGCAAAAACCUGAUCCUGGUUUUGUGACGUCGUUUAGAACACUCUCACUCUUAGCUGGCUAUAAAAACAUAUUACAGAGAUUUGUUAGAAGAGAUAUGCUUGAAAAACUAAUAGAAAGCACCCCCGGUUUGUUAGAAGAUCCUGGUGCUAUGGCUAUUGUCCAAGAUCCAGAGUUGAUUGUCCACCUAUUAGAUCUUGAUAAUGUUGCAGAAAUUGUUGCAGAGCAUCCUAUUUUGAUGCAUGCAGCUAACAAUAUACUGAAGAUUGCACAAGAAGAGGCAUCUGAUCCCAACCAAAGUAGAGCUACUUCCAGUACUGGGUACUCAUACUCGCUGGAUGCUUUGUCAGACGAUGAUGAUGACAUGGACUCAAACUCUGACACAAACUUGAGUCAGAACCAGUUGUCCCGCAAUGCCUCGUUCAAUGCUAUCACCGCAGCACAAUUGGCAGCGGCAAUUGCCAAUGCAACCAACACUGCUUUCAACACGAAUAGUGCUGGGAUUCCCACAACCAGCUCUGGUGGCAAUAUCAUCACCACAGAGAUGUUUUCUAAUGCCAUACAACAGGCAUUUGCAUAUGGAGGUAAUUUACUUAAAAUUAAAUUAAAAAAGGACUUGAGAAUUACACCCAAAUUAAGUGUCAGGAGGAUUUUAAGUGGAAACACUAGUUAGGUACUGUCUACCACAAAACAUCUGCACAUCUACCCUCAAGACUUGAAGUGUUACCUUCAUUACCAAAUCAUUUGGAAGACUGGUAGCAUUGUCAAUGACACUGACAAUGAUCAUUGCAUGUAUAUAGUAGUAGUAGUAGUAGUAUAUUUAGCCAAAUUUCAAACUAAAGUUCACAUGGCAUGUCAAAAGUAGUAUAACAAAAAUAUCACAAUAAAUGCAAAUGUAAUACAAAGUCAGUUAACAGAGCUUGUUACACCACACUAUAAAUAAAACAGGAUAAAAAAGUACAAUACAAGUUCAUUCAGCAAGGUCAAGGUUAAAAUUAGACAAAAAUAGCGACUUGCUAAAACACUAUAUAAAAAAUAUAGAUUAAAAACAUAAUGCUUACUGAUUUUGAAAAUUUAAAAAUUCAUUUAUAGGGUAAAAACAUUUCUCACUUGAAAACCUUAUUUUUAAAUUCCAUAUAGUUCUCUAUAUCUCACAGAUCUCAAAGUAGAGUAUAGUAUAAUGAUAUGUAGUUGAACUGCAGUGAUUUUGUAUAUGUAAUAGUGUGAUGUUCAUUUUGUAUGCUGAAAUCAUUGAUGUUUCACUUUACAUAACUUUGCAUAAAUACAUGGAAUUGUUAAGAGAUUAUUUUGAAUGAGUGUGUUUUUGCAACUUUCGCCAAAACUAAGGUUGAACAACAAUCUAGUUAUGUAUUCACUUUUGUGAUAUAAAAACUCUGUUGAUGCUUGUAGCUCUACACCAGCAUAGGUGGUUAUAAGAUAAAUCACUAUGCGAGAGCAUAGUAUAGUGAUAAUAGGCUCUUUGUAUCUAAAUAUUGCUAUAUAGGAAAUAUGGCAUAAUAGCCUUUAUUUAAAUUCAGAUACACAUUCUCAGUUUGGGUGCUGAACUCGAUUUGUUCAUUAGGGAAUUUAUUGUUUUCAUUACAUAAUUUUCCGUAAUAUAUUUAACGAAAAUAGAAUUUGAUGGAUUUGAUACUCAAUGUGUACAAGGUAGCACCAUAUUCUGACCAAAUGAGUUAGCAAGUUUUUUAUUGCAUAUAUUAGAAAAGUAAUAUGUAAAAGUGUUACUAAUUUCGCUUUUAAGUUAAGUUUUCCUAAAUGUUCAUUAAUAAGUUGCCAUGUUUUGUUAGUUUUAUUUGAAGCCAACUUAGGUGAGAAGUGUGUUUCCAUUUUGACUCCCUGAUUUUCGCUUUGUACUGUCGUUUUUUUUCUCUUGUACAUAUCACCUAGGUUAGGAGCCUUUAAUGUAGUGAGAUUGUAAAAAAUAUCAUCUAGCUCGAACUUGAUUGUUUUAGCUCAGUUGUAUACCACUAGUUAUGUACAUGUUGCUCAGAAUGAACUUUGACAUUUUGAUGGGGGCAUGUUACGUCUAAAAACCAAUUAACGGUUUUUGCAAAUUCUUCAUAGACCAUAUUGCUAAAUCGUCAAAGUUAACCAUUUGGUCAUCCAACAUUGACCAUAUUGUAAAAUAGAGUGUCCAUAGGAUACUUCAUAAAAAUCCAGAAUAUAUAUUUUACAAACUCGUUUAUUUUUCUUCAAGUACUAACGGUUUCAUUAAAACUAGUAACUUUAGGAAAUUAAAAUAUAAUAAUCAUAUUAAAACAAUCUCAAAUUGCACAAUGUGACACAAUUAAAAUUGUUGAACAUAUCAUAAAUAUCACAAAUUGAGUUAUUACCUCAGAUGGUCACCGGUUUACAUGAAAAAUCUUCAUUCAAUUUGUCAAAAUCCUAUUUCACGAGUAUCCAUCACGCUUUGAUGUCUACUGAGGUGAACAGCUGAUCAGCAAGUGACAUUUUUAUGUCAGUCUGCGACGUUGGCAGUAAUUAAUUUGGUGUGAAUCUAGUGAAACUUGUUUGUAGCGUUUUGUUUUUUAUAUGCAAAUGGACUAAAUAAAAGAGCUGAGCAAGC